CAAAAUUGCAUUUAUCAUAAGUUGAGGGCCAGAAGCGGAAAUUACGUUUUUGUUUUCGGUGGGAAGAAGGAGAGAUUUUCAUAUUCCCGUGAACAGCGCCGCCGCCUUCAAAUAUAAACACCCGCUUGAAUCUGAAACUGCAACAGUCAUACGAUGUCGUAUCUCCGACGUCAGCUCUCUUCAAGCCGCUUCCUCACUCGCCGCAUCUCUUCUCCAUUCUCUACCACUACCAGCAAUCGCAAAGUCCCACAACUCUACAAACCCGAAACCAUCGAACACCAAAACGACGCCGUCACCACUGCCACCACACACCUUCAAAUUCUUUCGUGGGGCAGAGGAGCCUCCGGUCAGCUCGGCGGCGGCAUCGAGGAAAUACGUCUCUACCCAACUCCUGUAGCUAACCUUCUUGUUCCCUCCUCAUCUUUUUCUCUCUCCCCCUCCCCGGGCCGAUUAUCGGUACCAGUUAACGAAGAGAGCAGGAAUCUGAUGGAGGUGGGCAUUUCGUGUGGGCUCUUCCACUCGUCGUUGGUUGUGGAUGGCAAGCUUUGGAUGUGGGGCAAAGGCGAUGGUGGCCGACUUGGCUUUGGCCAUGAGAAUCCUGCGUUUGUGCCUACACUGAACCCCCAUUUGGAUACCGUACGGUCAGUGGCUCUUGGUGGAAUCCACUCCGUCGUUCUCACCACGGACGGUCAGGUAUUCACUUGGGGUUAUGGUGGUUUUGGUGCUCUUGGGCAUUCUGUUUAUACUAGAGAAUUGCUGCCUAGAUUGGUGGAAGGUUCAUGGAGUGGAAAAAUACACCAUAUUGCAACUAGUGGUACUCAUACUGCUGCCAUUACGGAUUCAGGUGAACUCUAUAUUUGGGGCCGUGAUGAAGGAGAAGGUAGAUUGGGACUUGGCCCAAAUCGUGGUCCAAAUGAGGGUGGUGGAUAUAGUGUGCCUUCCAAAGUGAACUUAUUACCUGUUCCUGUGGCUGCUGUUUCUUGUGGGGGAUUUUUCACAACGGCACUUACUGAAGAUGGAAAAAUUUGGAACUGGGGAGCGAACUCUAACUACGAACUUGGAAGAGGUGAUAACAUUGGUGGUUGGAAGCCAACGCUAGUUACUAGUCUUGAAGAUUUUCGCAUCAUACAGAUAGCGAGUGGUGGAUAUCACUCUCUUGCUUUAACUGAUGACGGAAAGGUGCUGUCGUGGGGUCAUGGUGGUCAUGGUCAACUGGGACAUUCUUCUAUUUCAAGUUGUAAAACACCUGAAGUGAUCGAAGCAUUAGCUAACGAGCGUGUUGUCUAUAUUGCUUGUGGAGGUUCCUCUUCUGCAGCAGUUACAGAUGAUGGGAAGUUGUUCAUGUGGGGAAAUUCCAAGGAUUCCCAGUUAGGAGUUCCUGGAUUGCCGGAGGUGCAACCAAGUCCAGUUAUGGUCAACUUUCUAAUGGAGGAAGAUGGGUUGGGCCCUCAGCAAGUGCUAUCUGUUGCAGUAGGUGCAUCCCAUGCCAUGUGCCUGGUGUCUAGGUCGAAUGCUUGAAAUAUUCCUGUCAAAAUUGCUCCUAGCCAAAGAAUUCCUUUAGCACAUUCCAUAUGUGGGAACAUAGCUCAAAGAGGGAUUUGAUACCAACAUAGGAUUCUAUUGCAAAUGGAAAUUUCACCAUGAUUGAAUGAAUGGUGACAGAGAAGUACCAUGAUCAGGCAUGUGAGAAGUCGACCAUGGAGCUAAUGAUCUUUUUAAUCGAACUCUGUAGCUCUACUAGUGUCUAGUCAACAUCUGUUAGAAAGAAUAAGAACUUCGAGAAACCUCACACACAACUUUAGCAUUCGAAAUUCCUGAACUUGUAAUUGGGUUCAAUUGGGACACUCUUUGAGUAGGAGUUACACUUCCAGGUCUGAUUAGUUUUAUUUGGUUGCAUUUUGUACAUGAGAAUAUGUAACAUAAGAAUACAAUUUAAUUUGGCCUUUGGUUAGAGAUAAUAAAGUGAAAUGGAACGGAAAAGAAAAUAAUUUUUAUUCAUUUA